GAAGUAAACAGGAAAAGUGCGAGCACAGGUCCCUCAGCUCAAGAGUUUUUUACUUUUUCAUGAAGUUUUAGCGUCUCGGUCCAAGUCCGACAAUGUAUCCCGUUCAAAGUAUGCGCAAGUUUGUCUGUGAUCGACUGACGCUGGCGGCUCAGGAAAUCCUGGGAGCGUUUGAAAAGAAAGUUCAAGACUACGAAGCAGAAAUCGCUCGUCAGCGCAGGAUGCUGGAUACAGUGUUUACACCCGAGACUAAGCUACAACAGACAGAGCUGUCACAGACAUCUCUCGGUAAGGAGGGUGAGGCUCGCCCAAACCAGCAGCAGCACAGUAGCCACGAGCCCCAUUUGACUGAUACAGAUGCUGCAAGCAUUAAAGACGAACAUGAAGAGAUGUGCAUCAGCGAGGAACGAGAGCGGUGCACACAGCAGCGGGAGGCCGGCGCCUCUAAAGUCAGUCCAACUUGUAGCCAAAGUGUCUGUGGUGCUCAGCCUCGGCAAGACCAAGCUGGUGGUGCAGCGAAAGAAGAUGCAUCUCAAUCCCACAUGUCAGACAAAGAUUUAUUACCUGAAACUGAGAGGGAGAUUUCUGCAGCAUCGGCAGCUAACAGUGAGCAACAGCUCCUCUCUCAGGACUUAAGUGGACCUGAGAGCCAAGGUCACAUAAUCAGUAGCCAUGGAAGUGAAACGCCGACUGGAAAUGUUGAGUCGACGCCAAAUAAAAUAAGCAGUGAUGAGAACACAUCAGCUGCAAGCACUGAGCAAACACUGGAUAAAGAGAGCGUUGAUGAGAAUACGGCAUCAUUUACAAAUGCUGAGCCAGAGAACACGGCAUCAUCUGCAAGUGCUGAGCCGGCACCGGACGAGGAAAGUCCUGUUGAAAACACAUCAUCAUCCAUUUGCCCUGAGCUAACAAUGUUUGAAGAAUGGAACAAUGAGAUCAUAACAGAUAUGCUUGAAGAGCUAGCGCUAAAUACACCAUUAAGUCCUGAGCUAAUACCUAAUGCAGAGGAAAGUGGUGAGAAUGCAGCUCCCUCUGAAACUACUGAACCGACACGGAAUGAGCAACGUAGCAAUAUGCCAUCAGGAGCCGGAUGCACCAGCCUCACUCCAAAUGAGGAAAGUCAUCACGAGGACUCCGGAUUAAAAGGAAAUAAUGAACCAACACCAAAUGACCAAAUCCAAGAUGAGAGACUGACUUCAUCUGGAAGUUUUCAGCUAAUAGCACACGAGGAAGCCAACGAUAAGGAUCCAACAUCAGCCAGAAGUACAGAGCCAACAGCAAACGAGAUGGAUAACAGGGAGACUGAAGUAGCAGCAGAUACUGAGCCAAUACCAAAUACUGCUUGUCAUUAUGACACAUCAUCUCAGAGUGCAGAGUCAAGGCCAUGUGAGAGAUUGACCACAACACUGCAUGGAAGCACAGAUCAGACAACAAUUAGGAAACCCAAUGAAGAAACAAUGUCAGGUUUUGUAAAUAACAAAUAUGAUGAAGGGAAAAGCACAUGUACAGAGACAAUGGCAGCUAGAUGCAACGAUAUCAGACCAAAUGAGAAUUAUGCAAAUGAAAGCAUAAUGUUAAAAGGAAAUGGUGACUCAACACCACAUCAAAACGGGGGACCAACCUCGACCGAAAGUUUCGAGAAAGGCAGCGAUAUCACAUCAACUGAAUGCACCAAGCCGACACCAAAAGAGGACAGUGUUGAUUGUACAGAGAAGACGACAAGACCAAUACUCAUUGAGGGCAGAUCAGCUUCAAGCGUUAAACCAAAAGAAACUUUAUCACCUGUAAGUACUGAACUCAUACCAAAUAGUAUAACAACAACAACAACAACAACGUGGAUCACAACAGCUGCUCAGUACACUGACUUGACCCCGAUUGAGUACUUUAGUAAUGACAGCCCACCAUUACAAGAAAGCAUUGAGCUGUUACCACAUGAGAAAAGCUAUGAUGAUAAGAGCACAUCAGCCGGAUAUACAGAGUUACCACCGGAUGUGAAUUGCAACGAGGAGGCCGCAACAUCCAGUAGAAGUAUUGAACAUUUUGACGAGAAGACACCAGUUAGAAUUACAGAUCAGAAAGCAAAGAGGAGGUCCCGCGAGGGUAAAGAAAAAUCAAGCGCUAAAGCAACACAACGUAGGAGGCGCACUGAUAGGAAAACAAGUUCUGUUGGAAACACUGAGCCACCACAAAUUAAGAAUGGUAACAGUGAUGCAACUGAUGAGGAGGCAACGUCAUCAGUUAAGAGGAAAAAUGAUGGGAGUGAAACAGAAUUGAAUGAAAGUACUUACUCAACACGAAAGAGGAGACAGAGCAGAGGUGCAAAGGAAAAACAAAGCGAGAAACGUCACAAAAGGAGCACAUCAUCAAGAAGGAAAGACGAGAACACAUCAGGUGCCAGCGGCGACGACGACAAAAACCCAUACAAGUGUGACCGGUGUGGUAAAGUGAUGUCUAAUUUCAAAAACUACAAAUUCCACAUGAAAUCCCACACCGUCGAAAAGACGUUCAAAUGCGAAACUUGUGGUAAAAUGUUCAGAGAGAGUUGGGAUUUAAAUAAACAUCUAGUCAUUCACUCCGCUGAGAAGCCUUUCAAAUGCGAGGUCUGCGGUAACGGUUUCACCCGCCGAUACAACCUCGACCUCCACCUCAGGGUGCACACCGGGGAGAAGCCGUACAUAUGCAGCACCUGCGGGAAAAGCUUCACCGCUUGCGUCAAUAUGAGAAAGCAUAUGAGAAUCCACACGGGCGAGAAGCCGUACACCUGCAGCGACUGUGGGAAAGAGUUUGCGGAUUCUUCCUCUUUCAAAAAUCACCGUCGAGUGCACACGGGCGAAAAGCCCUUCAAGUGUAACUACUGCAAGAAAAAGUUUGCCACCAGGACCACUUUGAAGAGGCACAUCAGAACGCACACGGGCGAAAAGCCAUAUAAGUGCAGCGUGUGCGACAAAAUGUUUGGUCACAGGACCGACCUGAAAGGCCACAUGAGGCUACACACUGGAGAGAAACCUUACAAAUGCAAUACCUGUGAGGAACAGUUCUCCACCUGGAUAAAACUCAACAAACAUAAGCGCGUACACUCAACCGAUGCACAAAGCUCCACCGUGUAACAUAUGUGCGUUUGAUGCAUCACACUUGUAAUAAAAUAAAUACAUGGUGUCUUAUCUGACUUCCAACGGCCCACUUUGGACUUAAAGGUGUUGAGGCGGCUUUUAAAAGCACAAAGAGCAGCUUUGGUUUAGUUGCUUUCAAUGAGAAGAAUCCAGGACAAUUAGUGUGAGUACAAGAUCUAUUUAAAGCAUCCAAACAUUGCACAAAGAAGCAUCGUGACAAUCACUUUUAUUGACGGUUGAGAUUUUAUCGACACAACCUUCUUUCACGAAGUCGACAAUGAAUGUAAACCAAUGUGCCAAAAAUCUACUGGACCUUAGAUUGAAAUGAAGCACCUUUGCAAGCGACGGACAAAGUCCCGUUGUUUUGUGCCGGUACUUAAAUGCCCAGAAAUGUUUGCCUUAACAUAGCAUGUCUUUGCUGUUUAUCUGUUUAAAUGGGAUGAUACUGAUUGUACAAGAAGAAUGAGGAAAAGAAGCCGGCCUAGUAAGCCAUUCCAGAGAAAGACAUUCCUAUUUAUAUUUAAACUCAACAAACGGUUACAUUCAGAAGCUCACUAAGAAAAACGGGCGAAUAACGACACAGAACGACACACACUGCUCAUAAACUAAUGUGCAGAAAACUCACAGUGAAACAGCAAAGGCUUACUUCACCUUUAAUGCUUUGACUGCUUUUUAAAAACAUUUUAUUUUUUAAUCUGUUUUUGUAAUUGUUCUAAUGUGUUGUGAGGUAUUUACAUACAUGUGUUUUCAAUAAAUACAUGUGCCUGUUACACAUGUUAAUAAAUUAUACAUGUGCCUUAGAUCCUGUUUGGGAAGAAGAGACCACUGAUGUGUAGAAAAUCUGCCUAUGUGCACAAUUCCUUCAACAUAAUUUCAAUAUUUAUAUAUUUAUUCAAUACAACAUGGGCCUUCAAAAAAAAAAAAAAAAAAAAAAAGCCAGAGCACUAAUGUGUUAAUGAACAAAAUAAUAUCCUGUUCAUCUGACAUGGCACAUGUUCUGAAUUCAUCUCAAAAAGCACUUAGAUAGAUCCAUGUUUUUAAUAAACAGGACCCCUUCUUUUCUUUCAGAAAUUGUUUCACAUGAAGAAAGAAAAAUUCCAUCCUGAAGUGUUAUAUUUUCCACCGUUGAAAGUAUAAUGUCACUGUAUUUCCUGUGAAUGUGAACUUGUUUUACAGUCCGUCCACUGUAAUCCAGUGAAUCUGUAUCAUUGAAUUUGAGACUCACAGUCAACAUCAAAACAUCUUUUUUGUUUGCAAAUAAAGGACAUUUUUACAUCA